GGAGGAGGAGGAGGAGGAGGAGGAGGCGGCGGCGGCGGCGGCGGCGGCGGCGGCGGCGGCGAGAAGAUGGCGACUUCGAACAAUCCGCGGAAAUUCAGCGAGAAGAUCGCGCUGCAUAACCAGAAGCAAGCGGAGGAGACGGCGGCUUUCGAGGAGGUCAUGAAGGACCUGAGCCUGACGCGGGCCGCACGGCUCCAGCUCCAAAAGUCCCAGUACCUGCAGCUGGGCCCAAGCCGUGGCCAGUACUACGGCGGGUCCCUGCCCAACGUGAACCAGAUUGGGAGCGGCACUGUGGAUCUGCCCUUCCAGCCCAGCGGAUUUCUGGGGGAGGCUCUGGCAGCGGCUCCUGUCUCUCUGACACCCUUCCAGUCCUCGGGCCUGGACACCAGCCGAACUACCCGGCAUCAUGGGCUAGUGGACAGAGUGUACCGGGAGCGUGGCCGGCUCGGCUCCCCACAUCGCCGGCCCCUGUCAGUGGAUAAACACGGAAGGCAGUCAGACAGCUGCCCAUACGGGACCGUGUACCUCUCACCACCUGCGGACACCAGCUGGAGAAGGACCAAUUCUGACUCUGCCCUGCACCAGAGCACAAUGACGCCCACCCAGCCAGAGCCCUUUACGGGUGGGUCCCAGGACACGCACCAGAAAAGAGUCUUACUAUUAACAGUCCCGGGAAUGGAGGAGACCACAUCGGAGACGGACAAGAACCUUUCUAAGCAAGCUUGGGACACCAAGAAGACGGGGUCCAGGCCCAAGUCCUGCGAGGUCCCCGGAAUCAACAUCUUUCCAUCUGCCGACCAGGAAAACACUACAGCCCUGAUCCCCGCCACCCACAACACGGGGGGCUCCCUGCCUGACCUGACCAACAUCCACUUCCCCUCCCCCCUCCCGACCCCGCUGGACCCUGAAGAGCCCACCUUCCCUGCGCUGAGCAGUUCCAGCAGCACCGGCAACCUCGCAGCCAACCUGACACACCUGGGCAUCGGCAGUGCUGGCCAGGGGAUGAGCACGCCUGGCUCCUCACCGCAGCACCGCCCACUGUCCCUGAGCACGGAGGCAAGGCGGCAGCAGGCCCAGCAGGUGUCACCCACUCUCUCCCCGCUGUCACCCAUCACGCAGGCCGUGGCCAUGGAUGCCCUAUCUCUGGAGCAGCAGUUGCCCUACGCCUUCUUUACUCAGGCAGGCUCUCAGCAGCCGCCCCCACCACAGCCUCAGCCCCCGCCACCGCCACCGCCUGCAUCCCAGCAGCAGCCCCCACCGCCCCCGCAGGUGCGUCGGCCUCCCCCGGGCGGCUCCCUGAUGCCAAGCGCCAGCCUGACGCGGGGGCCCCAGCUGCCCCCGCUUGCGGUCACGGUACCGUCCUCUCUCCCCCAGUCCCCCCCAGAGAGUGCAGGCCAGCCACCGAUGGGGAUCGACAUUGCCUCGGCGCCGGCUCUGCAGCAGUACCGCACUAGCGCCGGCUCCCCAGCCAACCAGUCUCCCACCUCGCCCGUCUCCAAUCAAGGCUUCUCCCCUGGGAGCUCCCCACAACACUCUUCUACCCUGGGCGGCGUGUUUGGGGACUCAUACUAUGAGCAGCAGAUGGCAGCCAGGCAGGCCAAUGCUCUGUCCCAUCAGCUGGAGCAGUUCAACAUGAUGGAGAAUGCCAUCAGCUCCAGCAGUCUGUACAGCCCGGGCUCGACGCUCAACUAUUCCCAGGCGGCCAUGAUGGGCCUCUCGGGCAGCCCUGGGAGCCUGCCGGACACACAGCAGCUGGGCUACCCCAGCCACAGCAGCAUCCCCAACAUCAUCCUCACAGUGACAGGAGAGUCCCCUCCUAGCCUCUCUAAAGAACUGACCAGCACGCUGGCUGGGGUCGGUGACGUCAGCUUCGACUCUGACAACCAGUUCCCACUGGACGAACUCAAGAUUGACCCCUUGACCUUGGACGGACUGCACAUGCUCAAUGACCCAGACAUGGUCCUGGCUGACCCGGCCACUGAAGACACCUUCCGGAUGGACCGUCUGUGAGCAGCACGCCCGGCACACUGCCGCCCAGCCCCCGGCUCCGUCACCCCACCGGUCAGUGGUCCCGACGGUGUCUCCCUGAGCCUGGGGACGGCGGCGCUCCGUCCCUCGCAAACGGCCGAGCUUGUGAUUCUGAGCUUGCAAUGCCGCCAAGCGCCCCUGCCCGCCCAUCCCCCCAACCCGGUUGUCCACCUCCCGCGUGAGGCCCUCACGUCGCCCCCGCGGACCCUCCCUGCUCACUUGUCCCCCCUGUAAGAUGCGGAAAGCGUGCUGGGCAGGGCCGCCGGGCUCGGGGGGUGGGGCACUGUGCUCUGCGACGCGGUGGGCUGAGGGGCAUCUUCCGACUGUUGUCCAGCUCUCACUGCCUUCCUUUAUCCCUGGCCCCCCACCCACCCAUGCCCCCAGCCCAUGGUUAGGUAGUGAGCCAGCCCCACCCUGCCAAAGGGAGAAGGCGCCAGAGAGGGGGGCCGGGCAUGAAGCGAAAUAAACACUAUUUGGACUGCUGUCUUUUAUAUUUCUGAGCACACACACAGCGCUAGGAGUCCAUCCCUUGGAGGUGGGAUGCGAACGUGUGAACAGAGCAUGCGAAGCAGCUGAAUCUUCCCGGGGCCCAGUGGGAAGCCCAGGCCCCGCCUCACUUGCCCCAGCCAGGCCCCUGUGUGGCCACCUUUGCUGUGAAACCCCUGCCCAGGAGGAACAGGCCUGCUUGGGAUGCACGUGGAGGCAGGGAUUAUUUCUGGGGGUUUUGCAACUUGUUUCCAUCUUUCUUUCUCUGUACUGUGGUCACUGUUACUAUUAUUUAAAGAAUGGGGUGGGGAGGGGGUGGCCAGGACAUUUGUGUUGUGUUUCUUUUUGUUUGUUUCUUUAGUUUUGUAUUUACAUUUUGGUCGUAGACCAGUAACUGAUUCCUUCAAGCCAACACUUGCCUGAGAGCAUGUUUUUAUUGUAGAAAUCUAAUGUUAUAUAUAUAUUUGUAAGCUAACUGGAAGCAGUCUGCUGCCUGCCCAGGUCUGAGCUGCAUCUCUGAUCUUUUUAGUUUCACCCCAUCAUCUCAAAACAGAAGGACAUAAGAUCAGGCAGGGCUGAGUGGGUAUGCUGGCGGAAGCUGGCAGCAGUGACCAGAGGUGCCUCUGCUCUGGUCCUAUAAUAGACACCUGGGAAGGAGCCGUGGCUUUCACCAAGGGUCUCUCAGCCCACCUCUGCCAGGCCCUCCCGAGGUGCCAACCAGUCCUCAGGGCGGGCCUGUCCCAGACCUUGUGGCCGGCAGUAGCUGUGGCCCCUCAGCUCAGAGAUGCCCCAGAGACAAGGCCGUCCUCACCACCCCACUCCAGGAACUGACCGACAUUCGUUCCUCUGGCCAUGCCGCUUGUAGCUCCUCCUGGCAGGCUAGACGUGGAGGCCAAGAGCAGUGUGCAUUUUAGCGGUUGGUUUCCAGGUGCUUCUCAAAGUGCCUCGGGAGGCCCAGGUGACCAUCCGUCGGGGCUCACUGGCGCGCCGGAGGCCGUCCCUCUACCCUACAGGCCCUGUGAGUGGGUGGUAGGGCUGGCUUUGUGUUCUGUCGGUUGCUUUGGAAUAGGAACCUCUGUUUCAUUCUCUCCGACAUCGCAUCUCGCAUCUGGAGUUCUUGCUCCUCCACCUGCUGGCCGGGCCGGCACCUCUUGCUUGGUGUGUUUCGGCCUCCGCCGGGGUCUUAGGAGCACCCACCUCUGUCUGUGGGAGCCGGGUUUGAUCUCCUUGUUCCCCAGCCAGGUGGUUAGCACUCAGCCAAGCGGCUGGGUGGCCAUACAUAUGGAAAGUCCCCCACCCCCAUCCUUGGUCAUUUGGCCUCCACUGCUGUUUUGGAGGCUUGGGGACACUGUGUCAGUCCAUCCAGUUCAAGGGCCUGUUAUGUUUCCAUGACGGGGGCUGGGGCGAAGAGUGGGGACUCUUUUUUUUUUUUUUUUUUUUUUUUUUUAAAGAAAACUACAUGUACAUAGAAGGGUUUGAUUACUGUUAGACUUGUAUGUAGAACUUUUUAAAAAAUGGCCUUAAUAAAAUAACAAGCAACCUUCCUGGAUGCAAUUUUCAAACAAGGCACUGGGGUCCCUCUGAGGGUGCCCUGUCAGCCCUCACUUCCCAUCUGCUCAGCACUGGAUUCUUGGUGCACAUGGGCAGGAGAGGAGGGGGUGUUCAGCCCCGUGGCCCAUUUCCAGUGUCCCUCGGCCAGGAGCACAGGUGACAUUGUAUUAACAUGGCAGCCUCGGCCCAGGAGGGGCGUAGGUGCAGUGCUUUCCCUGGGGAGGGGGCCCCAGCCAGGAGCCAGCGGCCAGGCAUCCUCAAAGCGUUUACUGCCCCCUCCUGGGCCUGGGCAGGACUCUGGGGAUUUUGGCUUUUUCUUAAGUAACACUUCUCUACUAAAUAUUCUUGAAUUGCCAAGACCUUUAGAAACAAGACAGCUUAAGGGGAAUCAGCCCUUUGACUUGUGACGUGAAAAUACUGUGAUUUCAGGCAAGCUGCACCAUGAGGGGUGAGCCGGGGCCCCUGCAUUAUGUACAUAGACCCGCCGUCUGCGUCCUCGCCCACUUUGGCCGAGCGACCCUCAGCUGUGCAAAAACCUUUUCUCCGGGAGCACGAGCCAACCAGCGUGUCCCCACCUGCCUCAGUUUUACCCUCUGUCCUCUGAGCCCCCAGGGUGGUUGGUGAGUUUGUUACUGCACGAGGCUCACGGGCCAAGGGCGACACUCGGGGUCAGCUUUUCUCUGUGUCCUCCAGAGAAGAGCGAUCAUGCCCCGCCCUUCAGCGUCACUCCCUAGAGUGCCCAGCACUGACUUGGGGGGGCAGAAGGAGGAGUCUUAUGGGGAUCCCAUCCCUGUCACAGGUACCCUUGGGGACCUCCACCCCUGCUGUGCCCUUACCAGAGGGAAGACAGGCAGUACUAUUUGGGGUAUCCUGCAGCCUCCUUCUCAAUCUCCCCGCAAGCCCUGCUUCCCCCUGACACUUAUGGGUGAGAAGGGUCAGGGCCAGUCCCUUGAGGCAGCGUGCCCUGAGACCUUUAGUGGAAAGCUCAGGGAGCAAGUCGACCCUUGAGUAAAAUGUGGGGCCCACAGCCAGCAGAAUCCUAAAACCAGUCAGGCUACCCUGUGGGGACAAAGCACAGCAGAAGGGACCCUAAUGGAGUUGGGUCCAGCCUCCACUGCAGUCCACAGAGCUCCCUGGGACCUGGCCUGCGAGGCUGGAAGGCAAGGGCAGGUGUAUAUGUGUUUGUGGCACUUUCCCAGCAAUGCCUCACGCUAACCUCCAGCCUCCCCACUGGCCUCAGGGCCACCUGCCUGCCCAGUGAGUGUGCACUGGGGAUGCAGCCCUGUCUUGGAUGCUGGGCUGGGCUUUGCGCCUGGGUGUUCUGACCUACUCAUGGGUUUAAGGGGCUGGGUAGGAGAGUCCUGACGUCAUGGGUGUGUUUGGUCUGAUUUCUUCAGGCAACCAACCUCUGAGGAGGAUGGCUAGCCAAGCAGGCCCCAUCACGAGGCCUGUUUAUCACAGCGGGAUGGGCGGGGACGGUUGGAUCUGUGCAUUCAUCCAUCAAAUGCUGUGAGACCCCCGCCUGGAGGGUGAGAGGCACCUGUCGUCCAUUCAUCAUCCUACUGGCGCAGGUGUCCAGUUUUGGAUGGGUGUGCUAGGUGCUGGCUGGUUGCUGUCAGGUGGGACAGGAGUAGGUGUUGCCUGUGGGGGGCUGGGCUGGGCUGGGCUGGGCUGGGCCCAUGCAGCAGGGGUGACCCGCUCUGUCCAACUUUCUGGGCCCGAUGAGUCCCCAUGAUCCCCUGUUCCUAGAGGGGGCUCUGUUGACCUGGAGGCCCCCGGAGGGCUCAGGACACCUGGGAUGGUGCGUCUGUCGCCAGACCUCCAUGUCUUAGCCAACCCUGAGCAAGUUCAGAACCAAACAUGCUGCCAAACUCCUGUCCCCAACUGGAUUCUGAGCUUUCUGCAUUUCCAAAGAAGGCAUCCUUACCGCAGGGUGCAGGCUGGGUGUGGUGAGGCCUAGUUGUAUCGGGAGACUCCUCCUACCCUAUAGCCGCUCCCAGCCCUGACGAAGCAGCAGCAGCACCCUUCACCCUCACUGGGUUCAGUUGGAGCUAUAGUAGUCAGAGGCCUCAGGGUACCCCUGGUGUGGGCCUGGGGCACAGGGUACAAGGUUAAGGGUACUUGGUGUCCCUGAGCCUGGUCUACCACCCCUGCAGGUGAUGCUUCAGAUGAGGGAGCCGUGGCCACCUGAGCACCCCUUGCAUGGCCUGAAGAGCUGGGGGGAGACCUGGUGCCCCACCUACCCUGGGAGGCCUGCCGGGGGUGAGUGGGCAGCCAGGUCAGUUUCUGCCCAGGUUCUCCGUGGACCCCGGGCCCCCACCCCUCGGGGGUCUCACAGCAUAUGAUGAGGGGUCCCUGGGACAUUUCCUUCUUCAGGCCCUGCCCAGGCAGCUUGGCCUGAGCCAACUCUGUUUUCUGGUUUCCCUCUGCCUUGGGCAUCCUGCCUGCAUGGGGAACUCCUCAUAACCAUUGGUGUUCCAUAGGCGACAGGCCUCAGACAAGAGCUCUCACCUGGGGGGACCUGCACCCCCAGGCCUGGGCACUAGAGUACUCUCGAAGGCACCCAGGGGCACAAGACCCUUGUGACCUGGGCCUCAGUCCCUUUCUGUCACUGGCUCAGGCUCAAGGGUGUGAGGGCCACAGGCAUGUCCCAGGCAGGGUAGGGGCAAGAGCUGAAUGUGAGGGUGAUGCUAGUCCCAGACUGCUCCUGUGCCCUCCUAGCCAGUGCCCAGCGCUGUCCUGAGGAGCCAGUAACACGUGGGUUACCCCCAUCUUGCAGGGUUGUGGUAUUUGGGGGCAAUCGAUGCCCUGACUGUCCCCUCUGACCUCCCGCCAACUGGGACAAGGGGACACAGCUGUGGCAUAUGCCACCAGACCCUGGGAGGGAGGGCUUUGGCAGCCGGGGUCCACUGGCCCCGCCAUGCUCUCUAUGGGAAACUGCCCCUCCCCGUCUAGGGGCUGGGCCAUACCACUGAUAUAUGCAAACCCGCCAGUCCGAGCCCUGCCCCACCUGUGUCCCUCUUUCCCCAGGCUGGCUCUGCCCCCACCCCACCCCCAGCAUGUACAUUGUGCUGUAGAUGUCCCGUGGGCCGCACGUGUGGGUGCCCACGGUGGGUGGGGGCGGGCGCUCAGGGCGCACUCGGCCGGCCCCUGCCCAUCCUCUCUGGCGUGGACGCUAUCGUCUUUGUACCUUUGCAUCCUUUGUAAUGAAACGUAAUAAAAAUCCAAUGUUUUCGUC